AUGGAGGAUAUUGAUAGCGAGGGGAACGAUGCCUUCGAUAACGAGCCUGUCGAGACAGAACAAGUGCAUUUUGACUGUAAUUAUGUGCCUCAUCGUCUUCUGGAUAGCCUCUCCCUGCCGUACAGCAGAACAAGAUGGCAUUCUUUCGCCCUGCAUCCCCAACUGUUAGGCUCCCUCUCUCAAAACAAAUUUUCAUCACCUACGCCAAUACAAGAAAAGUCUCUCCCAUUGGCUUUAAAAGGGUGUGACAUUGUUGGUGUUGCUCAGAUGGGAUCCGGUAAAACCCUUGCGUAUGGCUUGCCUAUCUUGCAUAGACUGUUACAUGAUGGCCGACCGAAGAAGAAGUCCAAACGCCCGCUCCGUGCACUGAUAUUGGCUCCGACAAGAGAAUUGGCGCUGCAGGUCUCUUCACAUCUGAAUAUGGCUCUGAAUUCCUCGAGCACCAAUAUCAACGAAGAAGAGGAUGAGUGUUCCCUGAAAAAGAAUAAACGGAAAGGGAAAGACAAGGAAGUAUCUGAGGCUGAAGAGCCGACGUCUCAACCGCCCGGGAAGAAACCACCGCCGGUAGUUAGCAUCGCAGCGAUUGUAGGUGGGAUGUCUGCGCAAAAACAGAGACGAAUACUCAAUCGAGGAGUUGACGUUCUCAUUGCAACGCCUGGUCAUUUGUGGGAUAUCAUGCAGGAGGAUGACAUACUUGCGAAGGAGAUCUGA